GGGCAAGUCAACUCUAUCCAGGGUUCGAGAUUGGAUUGAUUCUACCUGCCAAGGACAGUCUGGGCCAGGGGUAAUUCAACUCUAUUCACUGUUCUAGAUUGGAUUCCAGCGUGCCGGGUAGAGUAAUAAUAGAUGCUUACCCUGAGAGUUGUGCUUCACAAAUUCGUGCUGGCCAGGAAUUGUCCGACGACAGAUCACAACUGCUGUGGGGCCUACGAUAGAAGUAGUUCGUUCUCCUGUCACAGCCUAUCACCGGUGAUGCGCAUGCCCAGCAGCUGUGCUUUGGAAGUCGAACUGCCCAGUAUCAGACGACGAAUUGAAAACUUUCAAUGUUCCGGCUGCCCAUUACGUGCGUACAGUGAUUCGGUUGAUCAACCAGACGGCGCUUUCAUGAGUGCAAUAGGCUCUUCGUCGCACGAGCCUGUGACCACGAAUUCGUCGGUUCCCGACCGUCCGAUUGGUUCCCAGGAUACUGGCUGGGAAACAAGGGAGCCCGCCAGCUUAGUUCCGAGAAGGAGCGGGCAACACUGCAGACCCUUCUCCCCAAAUGUUGCGCAAUGUCAAGUUGCCCGGGGGUGGAGGAUGUGUGGGUGUGAGUGUGUGUGCGUUGGCGAGAAUGACGGCCCUGUAAAGGCAGGAAAACCGGAUCGAAUAGGAAGCUGGAAGGUCGGUGGCAACGGAGCUACCGGAACCCCCUGCAUGGAUUAUGUGUUACCGAAUUCGACCGUGGAGUUUCGUGGAAGCCGGGUUGUAUUUGCAUAAAAUUACAUCAAAACCAGCCAUGCAAGUUGUUGGGGGCAGGCAAUUGCAGAAGGACAUAGGAUUGCGUUGCGUCGACCUCAUGUGAUCCAACAACACGAUACACAUACCAUGAGACGGUACUGCACGAUACCUCGUCUCAAACAUCCCACGCAUAGUCAGGAGUGUUAGAUUGUUGGGAAUCGCGAAUUUGUACACCAUCACAGUUGAUACAGGAGAGCCCAUCAAACAUAGUUGAGGAACGUUCAUUCAGGCAAGCAAGCUCCCGGCCUUAUGCGUAUUCGAUGGCCGAAGACACGAUACUUGCUGCUUAGCUCGGGCUGCGAACACUUUUGGUCAUACGACAAUAUUAGUUUCUUGUCGCAAAUCAUUGACGACUGGCUGGUGAUCAACAACGUUCGGCUUG